AUGAAAGCGAAAACCAUAUCAAAGGCACACUUCCUGCAAGUCGUCAGACACAUGUACAUAGAGCAGGGCGCGCCCACCUCACUCUACUCACGACUGCUCGCGCUUCUCAGCGCCAGAGGGAUAGGCACGGACGCUCAGCGUCCAACCUUAUCCGCCCAAACACCAGCCCUCAGCGUCCAGAGACCCAUUCUGGGCGUCCAAAGCACCGUCAUCUCCCAGAGACCGGCCCUGUCCUCGCAAGCACUCAUGUUCCCGAGACCGCGAGGCGUGUUCCUGUCUCCACGUCCUCGGGAGCCAGUUCCGGGAGCGGCGGGGUCGGUGCUUAAUUCACUACAGUCCAUAGCGGUCGCUCGAGAACUCGUUUCCGGCUCGGGACCGGGAACCGGAUCGGUGUCUGGACGACCAAGAUCGAUGUCCGGCUCCCGGGGACCAGCACUCGGCUCUCAAGGACCAGUGUCUGACGCGCCUAUAUAA